AUGAGCAUUCCGUAUCGGCGCCUCGACUCGUCGAAGCGCGAGGUGCGCCUGCUGGAGAUCCAGUCGGCUCGCAACCUCAAUGACCCGGUCGAGUGCAGGCUGGUGACGGUCCGGCUGACGGACGAGCCCGAGUUCAUCGCGCUGUCGUCGCUGUAUGGCGACGCCAACGAGAUGGAGCGCAUCUACAUCUCGGGCCAGCCCGUCAGCAUCACGACGCACCUGGCGGCGGCCAUCAAGAACAUCCGCGCCGUCUUCUACCCGACCAUCUCACGGCGGUUCCAGCGCACUCCGGCCCGGCGCCCGCACGGCGCGCCGCGAUGGCUGCGCCAGCUCUUUGGCGUGAGCGGCACGCAGCGCGGCGAGCUCGAGGCGCGCGCCCUGCGUGUCUGGGUCGACCUCGUGUGCAUCAACCAGGUCGACGAGGUCGAGCGCCAGCGCCAGACGCUCGACAUGCGCCUCAUCUACAAGUCGGCCGAGCUGGUCAUCGGCUGGCUGGGCGACAAGGCCGAGCACACCGACGUGGCCAUGAUGACGCUGGCCGAGAUCGAGGACGCCAUGCCCGCCCGCUGGGGCGACCCGGGUGACCGCGAGGAGCACCCCGAGGACUACUCGCCCACGCACCGCUGGGCCCAGGCCAUCACGCACAUCUGGGCGCCCGGCCCGGGCGGCGAGAUCCCCUUCAUGAUGCCGCACUGGGUCGGCUGCAACGACUUCAUGACGCGCCAGUACUUCCAGCGCCGCUGGAUCCUCGAGGAGAUUGCCCUGGCGCGCUUCCCGACGUUCCUCAUCGGCGACGUUAUUGUGCCGUGGAAGCAGGUGCUUCGCCUCAACAGAAUGAUGGAAGAGUUCAAGUACCAUCCCUCGACUGUGUUUCCAAAGGAGCUCAGCGCCAUGAUUGCCGAACUGCCCCUGGAGACGGCCCACAAGCUCCUGGACGAGUUUGCCAAGAGGGAGGCCCUCGAGGAGGCUCGCAUUCUCAAGGAGACGGGCAAGAGCAGGGCCACGUCGUCUACGCGAUCUAAUGAUUAA